GUACGACGACUGUUCUUAAGUAUGAAAAAUCUUCGUGUCUUUUCUGCAACGAAUGGUUCGACUCACAAACUUUUACCGAGCAUCUCAUCCAUUGCGGCCAAGUACUCGAACAGUGUCCGAACCAUUGUAACGCUUUCGUGCCACGCAUACGUAUGCGCACACAUCUGAAAGAGUGUCCGCGCGGCAAGUCACAACAACAGUUAAACAAUAGUCAAGAACGGCUCGAUCAAUUCGUCGAUAAUCGGAUGACGCAACUCGAAAAGGAUUUGAGCGCUUUGCGUUCGGUGCUAAACGAGGAGAUUGGCCAGCGAUUGCAUUUGAUUACAGAUGUGGGAAAUUUGCGCAAAUACAAUCAGGUUUUAGAAGAUUGGAAACAGGACGCCAAUGAAAAUAUGAAUGGCAUCAAAUCGCUGCUCAAUGAAGAGAUUGUGCAACGACAAUUUGAAGUGGGCGAGGCAUACAAGGACAACAUAGCGAACUUCGAAAUGAUAAAGAAAGUCAAAGCCGAUAUACAAGGUGAAAUGGAUGUGCUGCAAAAGAAUAUCCAACAAUUAUCUAUAGAAGUGGCAGACCAUGUAAAUCAUUUGAAUGACAAUACCAUGAAGUUGGAAGAGAUGAUUUUGGAAAAUGAGAAAAAGAAUCUCGAUAAAUUCAUCGAAAUCGAAGAAUUUUUAAAUGUGCUCGACGGCGAUUUGAAGACCAAAUUUGUCGCCAACAGCGACUUGAAUGCCAAACAGGUGAAUAUGGAUGUGGAAGUGAAGAGCAUGAAAAACAUUGUUUGCGAAACGGAGGAGCGUUGCGAAAAAUUGGAGGGCAUAGUGAAACAAAUGGACACCAAGCUGCAUCAAACCAUGCAAACGCUAGCGGAUUUGGAAAAUCAUUUAGCGACACAACAACGACUCACUAACAUACAAAACUCGAGAGGUCACUUGGUCUGGCGCAUCAAAGACUACUCAAAGAAGCUGGAGGAAGCGAAGCAAUAUGAAACAAUACUGCAUAGCGCCAUGUUCUCGAAUAAGCCAUAUGGCUAUGCAUUGCGCCUUGAUAUACUCCCCAAUGGAAAGGGCACUUGGAAGGGCCGCAAUUUGAUUGCAUGUCUCAAUGUCAUAGCUGGCGAGUAUGAUGCGCUGCUACCUUGGCCUUGCCGCCUGCAAGCCGACAUUAUCAUACGUGAUCAGUACAGCAGCAACGAGGAGGCACAGGACUAUGUGAAAACGAUAUUGGUGCGCAAAAAGAACGAUGAGUUCAUACAAAACAAUCAAUAUUUCCACAUACCACACAAAGUCGUAAUGAGUCGGAAUUAUUUGCGUAACGAUUGCUUGUUUGUGGAGGUGCGAGUGCUGAAAUGAUGUUAGACCACAAGUGGGUUUAGUAAUAAGUACUGUGUGUGGCAAGCUAGUAUUUAAAGUGUAGGUUUGCAUAGGUAUUUUGAAAAGCUUUUAAACUAAGAAAAUCUUCAUAAUUGCUCAGGGUAGUUAGUACAUAAGUUAGUAUUGUAUAGAAGUUAAAAAAAAUUAACAUUUCUGUGCCACAAUUAAAAAUAGUUUAGGGUACCUUAUCUAAAUUUGUAACGCUAAGUUUUUGAAGAAUUAAAGGAAAAUUACAAAAAAAAUUUUGUUCUUUACGAAUUUGUAACACACAGUUUCAAAGAAGUAAUAAAGCGAACAGAGAAACAAAUUUAUUUUAAGUUCAUAGACUGGAAUCAAGAAUAACAGAUUCGUAUCUCGUUCCGUAACCAAAU